CGGGAGGGCUGGGAAAUAACCCUUGCCUCGCUUCGUGAGGCCGAGGAGGAGAAAGGAGUUCCCGCUGGACCCGCCCACAGUUUCUCCUGCUUCGGAAGGAGAGCAAAGGGCCGAGGCUCUGAGGGCUGCCCGCUCCAAACUCCCUGAGACGCUGCAGGGGAGCGAAAGCGAGGGGCGAACUUUCCCUGUCGGGGAGGGCGGCGCAGUGAGCUCCGGAGCGGCACCCCAGAGAUGGGCCUCCUCGACGUCCUCGGCCUGACGCUGGCUACCGCUCUGGCGCUCUGUGCGCUGUGCGUACUUGCCAGGAGGAGAAGAAGGAGACCAGGAGAGCCUCCAUUAGUCAGUGGCUGGAUUCCAUUCUUGGGAAAGGCCUUGGAUUUCCGAAAAGAUCCUUCCAAGUUUUUGCUGUCCUUGCAACAAAAAUAUGGUGAUAUUUUUACAGUGCAUAUUGCUGGCAGAUACAUUACAUUUUUAAUGGAUCCAGUGAUGUAUAGUUCUGUGCCCAAAAACAGCAAGUAUCUGGAAUUUCAAGAGUUUGCUGAUUCCUUGUCGUCUCGAACAUUUGACCAUCCACCUCUAAUAAAAGGAGAUUUCCCAGGCCUAAAUGAAUAUGUGCAUAGGAAUUACCAGUUACUUCUAGGCAAGCCAUUGGAUACACUCUCUGACAACAUGAUGACAAAUCUCCAAUCAAUAUUUAAAAGGCAGUUCUCUCAAGUAACAGAUUGGAAAGUGGGAAAACUAUACAAGUUCUGCAGCUCUGUAAUGUUUGAAGGCAGUUUUAUAACACUGCAUGGAAGAGAUCCUAGUGCAAACAGCCACAAUAUUAUUGGUGCAAUUGAAGAAAAAUUUACCAAGUUUGAUGCCAGAUUUUCAUAUUUAGCUGCAAACAUUCCAAUUGAAUUGUUAGGAGGAACCAAGAGGAUCCGCAAAGAACUCAUUGAUAUAUUUUUACCCACCAGCACUGCAAAAUGGGAGGGAGUUUCUGAAAUUAUUGAAGGCAGAAAAGAGAUGUUUGAGGCAUUUGAGGGCCUCAGAGACUAUGACAAAGCAGCACAUCAUUUUGCCUUCAUGUGGGCCUCUGUGGGAAACACGAUUCCAGCUACAUUCUGGGCCGUGUAUUAUCUUCUGCGGCACCCAGAAGCUCUUGCAGUGGUGCGUGACGAAAUUGACCAUUUGCUGCAGUCAACAGGUCAAGAGAGAGGGCCUGGAUGCCACAUCCACAUCACCAGAGAACAAUUGGACAACCUGGUCUACCUAGAGAGCGCUUUAAAUGAGAGUUUUCGAAUCUGUUCAGCUUCCAUGAAUAUCCGCAUCGUCAAGGAAGAUUUUAUCUUUAAGCUUGAAGGAAAUCAGGAAGUCAGAUUGAGAAAAGAUGACUGGGUAGCAAUUUAUCCUCCUAUUCUUCACAUGGACCCGGAGGUCUAUCAGGAUCCUAAGAAAUACAAAAUUGACCGUUACGUAGAAAAUGGAAAGAAGAAAACUACGUUUUACAAACGGGGAAAGAAGCUGAAAUAUUUUUUGAUGCCUUUUGGCUCUGGUACCAGCAUGUGCCCCGGCAGGUUCUUUGCAAUGAAUGAAGUAAAGUUGUUUAUUAUUUUGUUGUUGGUUUAUUUUGAAGCAGAAAUAAUAGAAGAGAAGCAACUAGGAUUUGAGAAAAAUAGACUGGGACUUGGUAUUGCCUUACCAGUCUCUGAUAUUUCCUUUCGUUUCAAGCUGAGGCCUUGAGAUACUGAUUCAUCUGUGAGCAUUACAAAUUCCCUAUCCUGAUUUGUUCUGUAUUCCUCUUUGAAAUGCAAUAUGGCCUUGAUCUGUUUCUUGUGUCUUUACUGUUAAGGAUAAUGUUUGUCACUUCAGUUGAAGUUAUUGGAUGAUAUCACAGUGUGUGUGUGUGAAUCCUGUUUAUACUAUGUUGUGGGUGUUUGAGUACUUUAUGAUGUAAAGAUUUGGGAUUCUAGCCCCAUCGGAAGGUAACUGACAUGCCACUAAAGCUGAAAUCCUAAAUACAUUUGCUAGGAAGUAGGUUUUGUAGAUUGCAGUGUGGCUUAAUUAAGAUUAUGCUGACAAAGGUAGAGGGGCAGUACAUAGAGGGGCAGACCUACCCAUGGUUUACACAUUUUAAUUGGGUAUUGAUAGAAGACAUGACUUCAGAGAACCAACUGCAUUCUCAAGGACCCUUUUGAUGAAUGACUCAGGUAUUGCUGGUCUUACUGGGCUAACUGGUGAUGGUUUUGGUCAGCCUUUUUUUUAGUUGAUCGUAAGGGAUACAGUUGAGAUCAAAAUAAAGUUUUAUUGCUGUUGAGUACUUCUUUUACAAUAGUAGAUAAGUAGAAUAAAUAACAAAUGAUUAUUUGGUGAGGUCCAACUCAAGCUAUUUUGCCAGUCCAGAAACCCACACCAGAUAAUGCAAGAAAUACGCUUCUAGAUAUUUCAUAUGCAUGUAUCAUCAGAGCCUCUAAAGUGGGCAGCACAAUCCAAAUGGUGGAGGGAACGUGGCAACCCAGGAUAGCACAAUGUAGACGGUCCUGUGCCACCUCCAAAGGAGCUUUGCAUGGCAGAGAAAGGAGGGAAAUUUUAAGAAACCCUUCUGUCACCUGAAUCACCCUAUUGGGGAAACAGGUGUAAGGUGAAGUGUUCAUGUGGCAUGAGUCUGCUGGAUUGGAGGGUGGUGUUUCUGGGCUAGAGGGGCAAUGGAAGUCGUCUAAAGUCGGCUCCACCCCCAGAAAUGCCCCUGGCCCACCCCUUUUGCAUCAACAUCUACUCAGAUGCCAGUGUAGCUCCCCGGCAGUGCCCACUUCUGAGUUUGGCUGUCACAGAACUGUGCAGCACCCAUGUCGGUGUCUUUGCUCCGUCUACCAGCAUGGACACCCCUUAUGCCAGCGGAGUGGGAGGAUGUCUAGCACAAUCCUCUGCCACUCCCAAAUGCCAUCUGAAUUGGGUCACAAGACCACCAAGAUAACUGAAAUUGGUUGUUUAGCUUAGAAAAGGUGAGUAAGGAGAGACAUGAUAGAGGUCUCUAAUAUGAGCCAUGUUGGAGUAAGUGGACUAAGUAAACUAGAAGAAGAGGUGUUUCAAUUUAUAACCCCUUUCUCUCCUGUAAGGAGACUCAAAGGGGCUUACAAACUCCUUUCCUCUCCCCACAACAGACACCUUGUGAGGACAGAGGGUGGGGCUAAGAGAGUUCUGAGGAAACACAACAUGACAUGCCUCUGAAGGUGCCAGCCACAGAUGUGGGUGAAAUGUUAGGAACAAAAACUACCAGACCACAGCUGCACACCCUGGAAAACCCACAACAGCCAAAUUGAUUUCACUAUGUUAGUACUAGCAAUGUAUGACUUCUACCAGGCAAACUCUUUCCACCUAUCCAUUAACAUAUAGGGAUUGCAUUUUAAUGCAUGAGCAUCUCAGGUAUCUCUCCGAUGAUGGCUGAAGCAUUUAAAAAUAUGGUUGAUUUACAGUGCAACACAAAGUUUAAGACUAGCUGGUGUACUGAAUAAUAUCUUGGUUGCAGUUGAUAUUCCUGUACUUGAAAAAAAAAGUAUGUUUUCGUAUGUGACACUGAUGUUAAUAUUAGGUACUGAUAAUAUGAGAAGGCUGUGGGCAAAUAUGAGAUACUGCUUAAUUCACAACUUCACAAUCCAGCUUAUAGGUUACUCUCUGUUAUUACGGAGCAAGAGGAAAUGUUGGUAUCAUUACUGUGUUGACUAUAGACAUUGUUGUAUAAAUGUAAGCUGUAAAAUGCCUCCUGCUACAGUUAUGAUGAAUCCUCCUUUGGCACCCUUUAGUAGCAACUGUGAAAAAUGAAAUCAGGUAUUUGUUUUAAACAUGACCUGUAUUUUGACUCACACUGUGCUUUCAGGAGUUUGAAAUUUAAAUAUCAUAAUAUAAUAUGAUGGAAUGCAAUGGCACUCUGUCAAAGUUAAAGGCAAAACAUACAUCAGAUUAAUCACUGAUCAGUUGCUGCAAUGUCUCUGUGGAAACCAAUGAAAAAAUGGCAAAAUCUGUGGAAAAGAUCUUCAAAAGCACAAUUGGCUGUUUGGAGCCCAGCUGCCAUUCAAACUAUCUCUGCACACAGACUAAACUAGUAGGCAGAGCCUGAACUCUAAAAAAAGACUUGUAGGAUUUUAAAAUAUAUUUUGCAAGAUUGCUGGUUAGUGGAAAUCGUCCCAACAGCCCACUCACUGUAACAUGAUUGCCUUGACAAGAUUUGUGUUUUCUUAAAAUGUUCAGUGGCAGGCAGAAAAUGACAUGGCCACUUCAAAGGAUGACAGGUAGAAUAACACAGUAUUUUUGGUGAAAAGAGAAUGCAUGGACCAUCCAUGCAUUCUCUUAUGAUUACAAUCUUAAAGAUGCAUGGACACACUGUAGUUGAACAUUUCUCUAUAAUGCAAGUAAAUUCUGGAACAGUAUAUAAAUUAACAUAUCCUUGACAAUUCACAGAAAUCAAGAGUCUGAUUUCUAACAUCUUGUAGAGAUGUUUUCCCAGAGGGUCUCUUCACAAUGACUGUGACAAAAAACUUGUGUUCACUUUCUGUUCCUAACAGAUUUGAAGUGUAAAACAGCAUAUCAGUGCAGCUAUUUUUUCUCUUAUGAACAAAAUGAAAUUGAUUCAUUUUAUUUAGUUACUUUGAUUACGAACUGUUUUGAUGUUCUAAAACUGACAUUUAUAAACUCUAUGGUAUGUUUUACUUUUCAUUAUUUGUAUAUUAUGACAAAAAAGAUACAUGUGGACAUUGCUCUGGAAGAAAAUUAAAGCUAAAUUGUUUUACAGAACUUGUUUGGUGUUUCAGAAUAACCUGUAUAUUUUUAUUAUCAAGUAUCUUCCUUGUUCUGGGCAUCAAAAUAACAUUUUUUUAAUGCAUCAUGCCCUAGUUGGGAAAUUUUCUUGGCUGACCAAUUAAAAUGCUUAUU